AUGUCUCGCCGACGCCCGAACUUCGCAGCUCGGACCGCUGAAGCAGAUGAUUCACGCCUGGACCCAAACGAGCUGGACUCCUCUGCCAGUGCUGGAUUUUUGUCUCAAGCACCUGCCAUUUCGCUCCCCGAACAGGGGCUGGACCCCAUUGCUCCUGAACACCAUCACAAAUCAUGGUCCACAAACCCUUUUCAUGGCCUGAGCAGAUUGUGGGCUAGAAGAACAGACAAUGGCAAAGGACAAGAGAAUAAUGGAGAACCUGCACCGGCACAUAUGCCUCCCUCUGCAGGCCCCCUCUGCGAUAUCAAUGUCGACAAGAAGGAUAGGCAUGGGCAUCGACCUCGACCGGCGGAGGAGUCAAAGAAGCUUGGUACAUUCUCUGGUGUAUUUGUUCCUGUGACCCUGAAUGUACUGAGUAUUUUGAUGUUCUUGCGCUUCGGAUUUGUUCUGGGGCAAGGAGGUUUGCUGGGAAUACUAGGACUUCUCGCCGUCUCUUACACAAUCAAUUUGGUGACAACCAUGUCACUCUCUGCGAUCGCAACAAAUGGUACGGUUCGAGGCGGAGGUGCAUACUAUUUGAUAUCCCGAUCCCUCGGUCCCGAAUUCGGUGGAUCAAUUGGAAUUGUGUUCUACAUGGGCUAUGUCUUCAACACCGGUAUGAAUUCGGUCGGCCUAGUCGAUUGUUUCUUUCAGAACUUUGGUAGUACAUCCGGCAGCUUGGCAAAUUUCCUCCAAGAAGGGUUCUGGUGGUCGUAUCUGUGGGGAACCGUUUUGUUGGUCCUCUGUACCGCCAUCUGCUUUGCUGGAAGUUCUCUCUUUGCGAGAGCUAGUAAUGGCCUUUUGAUUAUUGUUUUGGUGGCGACUUUCAGUAUUCCGCUAUCUGCCAUAUUCAUGAAGCCAUUCUCCAGAGAAGGCGUGGAGUUUACUGGGCUGAGCCUGAAAACCCUCGCGGGAAAUCUCACACCCCACCUGACUAAAGGUGCUGCGGGGAGUCAGAUGAAAGGAAAGGAAAGCUUCCAAGAUCUGUUUGGCAUCUUGUUUCCCGCAACAGCAGGCAUUUUUGCAGGUGCGAGCAUGUCGGGUGAUCUUAAGAACCCAAGCAAAGCAAUUCCAAAAGGCACCUUGUCUGGCUUAGCUCUGACGUUCAUCACGUACACAAUGGUGAUCCUUGCAAUGGCGGCCUCCAUCACACGACAAUCCUUUUAUAACAAUGUGAACGUGAUUCAAAUCGUCAACUAUUCUGAUGGCCUAAUCCUGCUGGGAGAAUUCGCGACUAGUUUCUUCUCCGUAUUAAUGGGCGUCACCGGAUCCGCCAAGCUUCUCCAGGCCAUUGCUCGAGAUAGCUUAGUACCUGGUAUCAAAAUCUUUGGUCAAGGUACAAAGAAAAAUGAUGAGCCCAUCUAUGCAAUUAUCAUAACUUUCAUCCUCGCCCAGGUCACAAUGUUGUUUGAUAUCAAUCGCAUCGCCUCUUUUAUAACCAUGAUAUACUUGAUGACCUUUCUAGUUACCAAUCUGGCCUGUUUUCUGCUAAAAAUUGGGUCCGCACCCAAUUUCCGACCAUCUUUCCAUUACUUUAAUUGGCAGACAGCAGCCGCGGGAACCCUGGUUAGCGGCAUCAGCAUGUACUUUGUGGAUGGUCUAUACGCCACUGGUGCCGUCAGCGUUCUGUUCGUUUUAUUCCUGCUGAUUCACUACACAUCACCACCCAAGCCAUGGGGAGAUGUCAGCCAGAGCUUGAUCUAUCAUCAGGUGCGGAAAUAUCUGUUGCGUCUACGUCAAGAGCAUGUCAAAUUUUGGCGACCGCAGAUUCUUCUAUUUGUGAGCGAUCUUGAUCGACAGUACAAAAUGGUCUCUUUUUGCAACUCUCUGAAGAAAGGCGCAUUGUUUGUAUUGGGCCACGUUAUUGUCACCGAGGACUUCUCUUCGGCCGUUCCAGAGGCCCGUCGACAGCAAACCGCAUGGACUAAGUAUGUUGAAUACUCCAAGAUCAAAGCCUUUGUCAACAUUGCCAUUGCCCCCGCCGCAGAAUGGGGUAUGCGAAACAUUGUUCUCAACUCAGGACUGGGGGGUAUGCGACCCAAUAUCGUGGUGAUCGAUCAGUUUCGAGAGGACCAGUCUCUAGUGGAAACAUUGUCUCUGAGCAGUAACUCUAAGGCAAGACGUCGCUCAUCAGUUUUUGGCUUAAAGCGAGAGGUAUCAGACGAAUCUGGGAUACCGGCAAAGCCCAUGAGCAACCAAAGCUACGUGACAGUCCUUGAGGACCUUCUGUUUAAGCUUCGUAUCAACGUUGCUGUGGCUAAAGGAUUCGAGGAUUUGGAGCUGCCGGACCCUCACGGCCGUCACACAAAAAGGUAUAUCGACCUCUGGCCCAUCCAGAUGUCAGCGGAGCUAGGAGCCGACAUUGAGAGUAAGCAAAAUGUCUUGACCACCAAUUUCGAUACUUAUACCCUCAUCCUGCAACUGGGCUGCAUUCUCAACACCGUUCCAUCGUGGAAGAAGACAUAUAAGUUGCGGGUGGCGGUGUUUGUUGAGUAUGAGACGGAUGUGGAGGAUGAAAGGGGACGCGUCGAAGCUCUUCUGGAUAAGUUACGCAUUGAAGCUGAAGUCCUUGUCUUCUGGCUUGCAUGCGGAGACUUGAAGGCAUACCGCAUUAUAGUCAACGGAGAUACCUCUUCAGAGAUUGCCGAUGGCCAAGAUCAUGUUCAUUCCGUUCUUCAGGAUGAGGAAUGGUGGCAAGGAGUUUUGCGAGCUCGCAAUAACUCCCCAAACCAGGCAGUUGACGCGAUUGGUGAUGACAUGCGUUUGGAGAGAGCGGCUACGUGGCAGGUACCCUCGAGCAUUGACAGCGGAAACCGACCAUAUCAACAGGCGACCGGACUCAGGAGACUGAUCCAGUCCAAUAAACGCAGACGAUCCAUAUCGAGCUAUAGGGCAAUGGGAGGUGUCAAUCUAGGGAUGCAAAUCAACCGUCUUGAUAAGAGAUUUGUUGACGACAAUGGGGACUUCUCGAGCAGUGAGAGUAGCAGUGACAGCGAAUUGGAUCCAUACACUAGCGAUCCCGAGUUUGGUGACGAGGACCAGGACGAGGUUGCCAGCAAUCGGAAUGGCACUUCGCAAUUGCUCCGUUCCAAAAGUGACGACCAAAAACCUGAUGCGAGUCCAUCGACUCGUCCAAUGGCGCAAGACUUUGCUAGCCAAGCAAUUCCUUCCAUAAUAACCGAAGACAAUGCAUCCCCCAAAAGCAAAUCACCAGCUCCUGGCCUAGCCCGUCCCAAACGUCCGGGUAUGAGCCGUUCUGCAUCCAGCAAUCGUUUUAGCUCCUCUCCGAUCCCGGAAGCCAAGGUGAACACGGGAGCAGACGAGGCCGGCCCGUCAAUCAUGUUCGCACAGAAUGCAUCACCGCCUCGCUUUGCGCAGAAACUCGAGUCUAUCUACGCACGGCGCCCCUCGGCCGCCUCGGCUACCUCUCCCAGUGCACAGAGCAGCCAAACGGCGUCCGGGUUUCCAGGUCCAGCCUCGAUUCCGCUGUCCUUCAACGAUCUUCCUAGUCGGGCACAGCAUCUCAUUCUCAACGAGCUGAUGGUCCAGCAAAGCAGCGAGACAGCUGUAAUUUUUACGACACUACCGUCGCCAGUCGAGGGAACAUCUCUCCGCGAACAGGACAGUGCCUCGUACUUGAGUGACCUGGAGGUACUGUGGCAAGGAUUACCUCCGUGUCUGUUGGUUCACAGUAAUAGCAUGACUGUGACGAUGAAUCUAUGA